AUGAGAUAUACGAAUGGUGCAACGACGAACGGUCACCAUGUCAAUGGGGAUCAUACAAAUGGGCACAUCACGAAUGGUUCCUCUAACGGCCAGGGGCCUUCCAAGCCGAACGUGGAUGUGUAUGUGGACGUGGACAAAAUUGCCCUCUCACCCAGCGCGCCGGAUGCUGUCCCGGCUCUCAUCAACUACAUCGCCACCAGCAAGUCUAUCUCUCUGGAGGAUUCUCAGGAAAGACUAAAGUUGCGGGAUGCUGCUAUAUCCUUAGCUAACGCGCUGGAAACUCCGCGAGAGGCGAUUGUUAGACAUGGCUGGACGACAGCGACCCGGCAUGCUGCUAUCGAAACGGCUCUGGCCCUGGGGGUGUUCUCUCAUUUAGCACGGGACAAGCCCAGGUCAGUCGCAGAGCUUGCGGCGACUACGAAGAGUGAUCCAAUCCUGCUGUCGCGCAUCAUGAAGCACUUGGCUGCCAUGGAAGUGAUUACUGAAGCGGGUCCGGACGAGUACACUGCUACAAAUUUCUCCACUACUUUGAGCGUGGAGCGAUACGGAGAUGCUUUUCCUAUGCUCUCCUCUUCCAUGUAUCUAGGUGUAUACGCCCUCCCUGCCUUCCUGAAAGAAAACGGAUAUCGCAAUCCGAACGAUCCCACCAGGUCCCCAUUCCAGCUAGGACGCCGUAGUGACGAACAUUUCUUCGAAUGUGUGCAAAAGAACCCCACACUGAAUAGGCAAUUCAACAACCACAUGUCGAUUUACCAUCAAGGACGACCCAGCUGGAUGGACAAAGGCUUUUACCCGGUCCGGGAGCGGUUGAUUGAAGGGGCCGAUUUGGGCGAGAAGGAUGUCUUUAUGGUUGAUGUGGGUGGUAGCAUCGGGCAUGAUGUAUCAGAAUUUCGCCGCAAGUGGCCAGAUGCGCCGGGGCGGCUUGUGGUGCAGGAUCUCCCUGAGGUUAUCGAAACCGUAAAAGAUCUGCAUGCCUCGAUUGACCCAAUGGCGCACGAUUUCUUCACGGAACAGCCGGUCAAAGGAGCCCGUGUAUACUAUAUGCAUUCGGUUUUGCAUGACUGGCCCGACGAUAUGUGCCAAACAAUCCUUUCGAAUCUUGCUUCCGCCAUGAAACGGGGGUACAGCAAGCUGUUGAUCAACGAGAAUGUUGUUCCCAGUGUCGGUGCUCAUUUUGAGACAACCAGUCUCGACAUCAUCAUGAUGUCGAUUGCAUCGGGGGAGCGCACCGAGAGGCACUGGACUAAGGUGAUUGAAUCUUCGGGGCUGAAGAUCGUCAAGAUUUGGACAGUACAGAAGGGGGUGGAGAGCUUGAUUGAGUGUGAAUUAGCUUGA